AUGGCGCUCGGCGCGGUAUUUUAAACAAUCGUCUUCGUCUGAGAGCGGAUGAUCGAAACGGCGCAGCAUCGAGUUGGACUAAGCACUGCACGAUCGAGUGGAAAACUUUGAGGAUUUGACAGCAGUGUUUUGACACAUAUCGACAGUGUAAGAAGAGUGCUUUGAGAUCGGUGUGUUUUCAGUAACUUGCUGCAAGAUGGAUGUGGUAUCACCUGAGCUCAACAGCCUCCCAGAUGAGAUCAUGGAUACAGAGGCCAUCGCAAUGGAAGAGGAACUCCCUGUCGAUCAACUUGCUCCACCUCCCCAAUCGAAAUCAGAGCCGGCACAGGUUCCUAUGGAAACAGAGGUGCCUGAAAUCAUCAGCCUGUGCCCAACCACUACGUCAGAAAUGCAUAUAACCUCAACAUCCGCCGAUAUUCAGAGCAGCACCAGCUUGGGAAACCAACUCCUCCUCGCUCCCUCCAGCCUUAUGGUUAGCGCCACCACUACAACCACCACCCUCGCCAAAACCACCAGCCCUGCGGUGACCCAGAGCCUCUCUAAAAUCUCCAGUCUUACUGUCCCGGCCAACCACCAACUCAUCAUCAACAAAGUGGCCAACUCCCCCACUGCGGAUGGCAAGGGCCAAAAACUCCUGGUUGCUGGGGUCAGUAAAACAGGGCAGCCCAUUAUGUUGGCCCUGCCCCACUCUUGGAACAAGCCCGCCACCACCCAGGGCGCAGGAGAUGGCAGGGCCCAGCCGACACAGAUCAAAAUGGUGACCGCUCUAGGGAAGCCUGUGAUGGGAGUGCAGGCUGUGAGCUCGGCCAGUCAGCUGCUUGGCACCUCCACACCACUGCAGGCUCAGCAGCUCAAGACUCUUCAGAUAACUAAGAAGCCUCCUGUGUCAACAGCUGGACCAAUGAUCACAAAGCUCAUCAUCACAAAGGCCCUAAACAAUAAAGGACUAAACAAUUCAGCUUCAGUGUCUUCUGUAGUUACUGGACGGGUUGUUACCCAGAGUUCUACAGGAACUCCACCACGCACCAUUACUAUUGGCGAGACGGUCAGCACUGUGCCACAGAAUAUGUCUGGCAACAGCAAAAUCGCCAUCUCACCUCUCAAGUCUCCCAGCAAGCUGACAGUUGUUUCAGUGGCCAGUCAGUCUCCAAACUCUCCGCAGAAGUCUGUAACUCUGCCGCUCAACAUGGCUCUAGGUCACCAGAUUCUUGCUGUUCAACAGUCUGCUGCAACCUCUCCAGCUAAAGCAGGAACCAGCCAGUCCACUGCACAGGCAUUAAAGCCAGUGCAGACGGUUACGAUGGGAGGGGUGGGCACAUCUCAGUUUAAGACCAUCAUCCCCCUCGCCACCCCACCCAACGUACAGCAGAUCCAGGUGCCAGGCAGCCGCUUCCAUUAUGUGCGCCUGGUUACGGCCACCACUGGCAGCAGCACUGCACAGACGGGCGCAAGCACCAUCACCAACCCUUCCAUCCAACCAGCCAAGCCUGUGAUGAUGAAUGCCGCGGUACGGAUGUCUGUACCUAUCGUUCCGGCACAGACUGUUAAACAGGUGAUAACCAAACCCUUGACGUCAGCAGCCCAGGUGGUCACCACCAGUCAGACUUCUCAGCGUCUCAUCAUGCCAGCCACACAUCUUCCACAGAUCCAGCCCAACCUCACCAACCUGCCCCCGGGCACUGUGCUUGCCCCGGCACAUGGCUCCGGAAACAUGGGAUAUGCUGUGUUGCCCGCCCCAUAUGUUACACAGAUCUCCCAGCCUGCAUUUGUGACUUUGACCAGCAGCUCCACCUUCUCAACAGCUGCACCCAUACAGACACAAGCCAGGCUUUCUCUCAAUGGUUUAUCAUCGUCCGAAUCAACUUCAAGGCAGAGAAAACCUUGUAACUGUACACGGUCACAGUGUCUGAAAUUGUACUGUGACUGCUUUGCUAAUGGGGAGUUCUGUAAUAACUGCAACUGUGUUCAUUGCUUCAACAACCUUGAUCAUGAGAGUGAGAGACUCAAGGCCAUCAAGGCUUGUUUAGACAGAAAUCCAGUGGCUUUUAAGCCUAAGAUCGGCAAAGGCAAACAAGGCGAGUCUGACAGGAGACACAGCAAAGGCUGCAACUGUAAAAAAUCUGGCUGUCUGAAGAACUACUGUGAGUGUUAUGAGGCAAAGAUCAUGUGUUCGUCAAUCUGCAAAUGCAUGGGCUGCAAGAACUUUGAGGAGAGUCCUGAGAGAAAGACGUUAAUGCACCUGGCCGACGCUGCAGAGGUGCGCGUCCAGCAGCAAACAGCAGCCAAAACCAAACUGUCCUCACAGAUCUCAGAUCUGCUCACGAGAACAACACCAGCCAUCACCAGCGGAGGCGAAAAGUUGCCAUAUACAUUUGUAACAAAGGAAGUGGCCGAGGCGACAUGUGACUGUUUGCUGGAGCAGGCUGAGCAGGCAGAGCUUGCCAACCAGCCUCAGGCCAUGGCAGAGCGUCUCAUUCUGGAGGAGUUUGGCCGCUGCCUCAGCAGAAUCAUCAGUUUUGCUGGUAAAUCCAAGGCGGACUGUCCCAUCAACUGCUAGAGCCGAACCUGGCAAAGCCGUGACUGAGAGCCCUAGCAGCGAAAGACUCUGGGCCCAGAGCACUGGGGGCCAAACCCCUUUUGCUGAACUUAAGGGCCACUGAGGUCACUUUUACUGGCCCUCAUAUGGAUACAAACAGGGCUCUCCAAUAAAGAGCGACAAACCAGAGCUUCCCAUUGGCCUCUGAAUUCUGUUGGGCGGACAUGCUAUAUUCAAUAGGGAGGACUGCAGUACUGUAGCCUCUGUGAGUGGACUUGCACUAUUUGCUUUCCUGGAAGGGGUUUUAUUUUAAAAAAAAAUCUGUACAAUUUUAAGGUUGAUUAUGGCAUUUGUAUGUCUUUUUAAAACUGGAUUUUCAUAUUGUUGUUCUCUGUCUUCACAAAAUGUUUUUUUCUUACUAUUAAUAACCUCAGAAUAUGUUGGGAUACUAAAACUUCCCUGCACAUGUAAUUAGCUGUUAAAUCAUGACUUGUAUACAGUAAAUUACCUAUACUAUAGCUUCAUUGUAUUUAUUCGCUUGCUGAAGAUUUUUGGCCAAUCCCAAAGGUCUUUUUUUUUUUUUUUUUUUAAUGCUCCUAUCAAGUUCACUUUCAGAAGACAUGGUUCAACAUAUAUAACUCAACCAAUUUGUUUUCCAAGCAUGCCAAAGUUAGGCCAGUUUAAUUUUGGUUGUACUUUCUUGGCAGACAGGUAGAGGGCAGCGCCCACAAGAUUUAAGAAGACCAUGAAACUGCAGAGCUUCACCUAUAAUCUGGGUACAGGUGUUCUGUACUUUAAAGCUUCAAGUCAGAUUAUUUAAAGGAGAAAAGAUCCAUUUCAAUCUCAUUGGAUUGACUACUUUAUUAAUGUAAAAAAUUAAAUAAUCUAAAUAAGCCUUGUAAUGAUCAAGUAAUCAUUUUGAAGGCUUUCAGAUGUACUCCUUUAACAUUUGAAACAUCUUAAAUAUGAAGAACCUCUGUAAUGGUGGAAAUAACCUUUGUAAUUUAGGUUUGUUUGGCAGUUUUUGAUUCAGUCACUAAACUCUGUUAUUUAACUCUUAUUUCAAUUUAAAGAGGGAGUUCACUCAAAUGAAAAUCGGUCAUCAUUCACUCACCCUCAUGUCAUCCCAAGCCUUUAUGACUUGACUGACUGACUCUCAGCCAGUCACUCUUUACUUUUAUUGUAUGGAAAAAAGAUGCAUUGAAAGUGAGUGGUGACUGAGGCAAAAAAAAAUUCAUAGAAGUUACUCAUAUGGGUUUGGAGCAACAUGAGGGUGAGUACAUUUUCAUUUUUGGGUGAACUAACCCUUUUUAAGCCUUUGGUUACAAUGAUCAUUUAUAUUAUAAACUCUAUCAGAGCUUAGUUAAUUGAACCAAAUCUGUCCUUCCCUUACCCAGAGUUGGAUGGCUAAAACGCAUUACAAAAACUUGACAAGUUUGUUCAUGUUACACAUGUACGGUAAUACAAAUAAAAAUUACAUUCAUAGUAAAACUGUGGUUACCAAUGUUCCUAUAGUCUCUAUAGUAAAAAUAUAAAUAUAAAAUGCCCUAAUGAAAAUGAACCAUGGUUUCACAAUAGUUAACCUGUAUAACCAUGUAACCAUAUUUUGUGGUAAGAACCAUGGUUUUAAAAUGGCUACCAUGGUUAAUGUACCACAAAUGAACCAUAGUGUUACUAUAGUAAAACAUUUAUAUAACCAUAAUUUUGUCUUGUUACUACAGAUGUUCCAUGAGUAUGGUUAUCGAUGUAAAACCAUGGUAGAUUUUGUGGUUAUGGCUUUGCUACAAAUACCAUAGUUCAACUAUAAAUACUGUAGUAAAAUCAAACCAUGGUACAUUUUAGUAAGGGAUGUGUAAUGCUAUUACGAGGGAAAUGUAAAUCUAUUGCAAGGAGGCUAAAACUAUUUUAGAAAUAAAAUUCACUGUCCUCAAGUGGCUUUGUACGUACAUUCUCAUUACUGUAAUGUGAAAUAAUGAUAUUUGUAAAUCAUGGUAGUAUUUGAUUUACUACUACCUUUAUGCGGAUACUGAUUUAAAUCUGUUUUUGUUUUUUUACUGUAAUACCAGUGAAAAUGACUUGCAGUGAUUACAAAAAAGUAAAACAUCUAAAUGCAUUACAGUAAUGAAAAUUGGGGGAAAUGUGCUUAAUUAGCAUAAAUGUAGCAUUGAUAAUAUAUUGAUUUUAGGGUGAAAUGUUGCUGGGGCAUGUUUUCAUGAUAUUCUCCCAUAUAUCUCGCAUAAUUUGAUCUUAAUCCUCAACACUUAACCCAUGCUUAAUACAGUCAUUACUUUAUAUAACAAAAUAUUAAACCAAGUGGUAUGUAUUUUAUAUAAAUAAGAAGUUUUCCUAGCCAAACAUUUAAUAAAACAUUCUGUUGGACUUUGAACACUAUAGGACAAUAUGAACAUGUAAAACAAAACAAGAAAGAAAAGUUCUUCUUCAAAUGAAGGUAGUCUUCAAAUUACAUUUUUAAAAUGUGUGGGUUUAGUGAUUUGGUUGGCACAGAUGGUUAAUACAUAGUUUAAAUCUUCCAUGCUCAAAAUACAAUGUUAAUUUGAGUUAUUUGCAAAUAAUUAUGGUAAUUCAAAAUGACUAAAUUGUGAGAUGCCAAGAGGCCACGAGCAGCUGCUUGCAUUUCAGGAAUCAUUUUCAUCACAGGUCAAUUCAUUCACCUCUGGGAUUAGUGAAAAUGCUGGUUAAUUAGACACCGGUCGAGUAUCACCGGGUGAAGAUUUUAAAUCUGUAUUAACUGGCGUGUCUGGGAAACUUCCCCAACUCAUCUGAGAAUUUUAUAGGACGUAUUACAGUUACUGUAGUUUUUUUUAGGCUAGUGGAACUAUAGUAACUUAACCAUAUCUUACCCAAAACUUCAAAGAAAGUUUUGCUGAUUGUCGAAUGCAAAUGUUGUCUGACUCAAACCCAGACCAUUACACUGUUGUAAAACCAUGCAAAUCUCUGCUAGGUUUGUGAUCUCAUGCCCUUUCACAGCAAGCUUGCUGUAUCUCACUAUUCAAAGUACAGUUUAGUGUGUGCAUGUACAGAAACAUCAAUUAACAUGGUUUAUAAUGUUGACCUGGAUGGAAAACAGUUGGUCCUCAUUGGUCUAAUAAAGACUGGUGCAUUUGUUAAGCUGGGGGGGUGUGGCCACUUUGAAGAUGCUGUUAUGACAAUAAUCAAAGUAAAUAUCCUCCAAUAUUGUGUAUUAUUUUUUAAUAAUUAAAUUUGGCUCUUGUGUAUUCUGCUAGUAUUAAUUUGCUAUGGAUGGAUGUAUGAAGUGCAAAUAGUGCAGGGUUCAAAAAUUGUAUCAGGUUCAUUCAUUUUAGUUUAUAUGCUGUUUAUCUUUUGAAGGUUUUCAUAAUUUAUGCUGGUAAAAGGAAUACAAGUAAUCCAGACCCUUUUUUCCUCUGAAUGCCUGAAUUAUUUUGAGAAGAUAAACUCUACAUGUGUUCAUGUCGUUUUACAUAGCCAAUGUUAUGUUGUAUAAAUGUAAAUGAAAACAUUAGUGUACCUUUUUGAAAAUUGCAAUAGGUGUUUAUUCUCCAAGUAAACCCCUCGACUUCUGUAUAAAUGUUAUCAUUAUCAUAUGGUCAGUUGUGUGAGGCAGAUGAGUUUUUGUUGACCGUGUAUGUUCUUGUGACUAUUGCUACAAUUUUCUUAGAUGUCUAAUUACCCUAAU